AAUGACAAAAUCAUGACAAAAUAAAAACAUAGUCCCGAAAAAGAGCUGUUUUACGAAUAUUUUCCUUAUUUCAACAUUCCCCAUAAUUAAUUUGGAAGUUAUGGACACGUAAUUAAUACCUUAAUUAAUAAUUUUCACUCGGAAAGAUGCAGCCAUUAUAUUCCGUUGAUCAUGAGACGAGACACAACAUAAAUCAUGAUACAGAAGAAAAUGUGGAAAGGCCUGCGGAAAACACACCGCUGCUGCGUCGCUUCCCUCAAACCAUACCUGAAAGGAGCACACGGACUACAGUCAUAGUUAGCUUGUUACUGAUAAUAUUAAUCUCUGGUGUCAUAAUUGGAAUUUAUCUCCUCGUCUUACAAAAUGACUCUGAAAAUGUCCUUCCUCCAGUGGAAAUGCCUCUACAAUUAGUGAGUAGAUCUCAAUGGGAUCCUAGUAACAGUUCCCAGAGUGCAUUGAGAUCUUUCCCAUACAGACUUAGGGCUGUCACGGUCGUUCACACGGACACCAAACAAUGUUCAAGUACGGAGACAUGUACAAACCUACUGAUGGACAUGCAGAACAAUGCUACGGAGGCAAAUAGCACGCUUCGGUACAAUUUUUUGAUAUCGUCCAACGGGCAGACUUACGAAGGUCUUGGAUGGCUCAAGUGUUUACCAGAAACUCAAAGAAACACCCCAUCAGGGCUACUCUUAGCCUUUAUAGGUAAUUUUACCGAAAUCCCACCAACUCGAUCCCAGCUGCAGGAAGCCAAAAACUUCUUCGCUACGUCUGUAAGUCAACAGUAUUUGCACCCAACGUAUCAUAUUUAUGGUAAAAAUACUAAAGAGACCCCAGCUCCGCUUAUAAAAAGCCUUAAAACAUUCCCUCAGUUUAGCAGUGAGUUUUCAGAUCCAAUAUAAGUUAUUUUAGCAAAUUAUUUUAAUGUAAUAAGAAAUGCGAAAGUAACUCUGUUCGUCUGUGCGGCUCUCACGACAAAACUACUAGACGAAUUUCAAUGAAGUUUGGUACACGGAUAGUCUCGAGCCAGAGAAAGGACAUAGGCUACUUUUUAUCCGGUGCGAGGAUAGUUGCCUCAGGACAUGGGUGAAACCGCGGGGAAUAAUUUGUAUUAGUAUAGUAACAAUUCUAAGAGCAUAGUUGUUCUUAAAAGCUAGCUUGAUUUUAUAGUAUUCCACAAUUUCAUCACGAUUCAUAAAAUAGUCAAGUACAUUAGUAAGUUGUGUAUUUUUUCACAUUAUAAGUUUAUGAUUGAGUUUGGUGCCAAAGAGAUCGCACGUUUAAUGAAAGACCGAUUACGACAGAAGCUAUAAAAUAAUAAUUAUCUCAUUUCUAUGUUCUACUUUACAUACCUACUAACCCCCAUUAAUUUUUUAUUAAUUUUCUUUUAUCUCGUACCUCGUUCUCUCGAAUCCUUUUAGAUGGAAAAGCUCUACAAUAAUCGUAAAUUAUCGUCAAUUUUUAUUCAACGUGCGAUUUACAAUUACUUGGACUUCUCGGUGUUAACUUAUAGAUAGCUUUAGUUUAAACAUUAUUUUUAAUCUGUAACUCAUUAUUGACAUCUUAAUGACAGUAAAAUUAUAUGUAAUUUAAUAUCAAUUAAAUUGGUUAAGGUUUUAAAUAAGCCAAAGAAAAUCCUUUAAUUAUAAAUUUUGCCAUUUUUUUAUUUACAUCACAUUUAGUUAGGUAGUUAUUUCAUUUAAGGAAAUUGCUAAACGUCUUGAAAAUGUAGAGUUUUUGGGGAUACCCAGACUUUUGGGCGGGGUACCUAUAAAUGCAAUAUAAUAUGUUGUUUAAUUAUCAUUAUUUAUUUUCCUAAACUAAUGAAGGCCUAAGCCAAAUGUUCGGUUGGUCCGUUGCAGAAGAUUUGGCCUACUAGAUUUAGAGGGUUUAGCAAAUUUUGUUGGUGUAUUUGUUAUUUCUAAUUCAUAAUGCUUAAGCUUUUAUUACUCGAGUAUGUAUCUUUAGGACGUUACAGUUUAAAGGGAUUAAGAAUAUUUAGGGUCAUUAAAGUUAGGUUUUCGAUUUCAAGUACAUUUUAUAAUAAUUCCAAUCGAAUUAAUUCGACAUCGACUUAGUCGAUUAGAGGCAGGAAUUGAAAAAUAUAUUUAAGUAGGGCCUUCAAUCUCGCAGAGGCACGCGGGUACAAUAAUAAAGCUUUGUAUGAUAACAAUAAAGGCGAUUUUUAUUUGAAGGCGCUUCUCAUUGCGCGUUAUCAACAAUAUUUGUGUUAUAUUUUAAUAUUAUUAGCUGAGGAUCUCAACCUUAUAAAUAAUCUUACCGUGGAAUGUUAUGCGCAAUCAUCAUAAAUAUUAAUUAUCCAUUGACUAAGUUAUUUCAAUUUAAUAAUUUAUUUCUUCAAAUUGUUAUUAAAAAAAGAUUCAAAUGUAUGUAUAUACCUGGUUAAUAUUAUUAAUGUUACUAAAUUCUAAUUUAAUAUAAUUGUUAUAAGUUAAUUUCGUUUUAAAUAAUAAUCUCUAAUGUUAGCUAGCACUGGAGAUCGCAAUUAUUAUUUAAUUUUAAGGGAAAGUUGCCCAAUAUAUAUAUUUACGGCAAAAAGCGGAAAGUAGGUACUAGUAAGAAGGGCUUAUCCAAAAUGUUUUAAAUACUAAAAGGUAAUAAGUACUUGCGAGUUUCAAUACUAAUGAUAUCAAUUAAUUUUCUCUCAAACCUUUUUAAUUUUAAGCUCAGCUUAGCCAGAUAGUAUGAAAAUUUCUUGGAUCAAAGUCAGUACCCUCGAAACAUGAUAAUGAAAUAAAAGAUGCAUGUUCUUCUAGCUUAAAUUGUAUGUAAACGUAUUUUGGUUUUAUUUAACUGAUACUUUUAAAUAAACAGUAUUAAGUUAUAGGAAUGUUUCCAUCACCGGCCCUGAUAACCUUCUGCAUGCGUUUUUUACAUAUAAAAUUAUUUAAAUAUUUUGGGGAUGCAUGAGAAUAUGUAUUUUAGUGUUAAGUACAACUGUAUAUGUAUAUUUUGUUUGUUAAUUUGCUAUCGGAAAUAAUUAGGAACAACCAUUGUUGUUAAGUAGACUUAGGUGCACUACAGUAGAAAGUGACCCGUUUUUUUUUUCAGAUUUUUUAUAUCAAAUGUUAAAUUUUUAAUACUCAAUAAUAUUCCCUUUAUGAAAUAAGGAUUGUUAACCAAAAUAUUCAUUAAGUCGUAAUUAAUUAGAGCUAAAGACAAAAUUCCAAAAGAAAAAGAAUUUGAAGCCUUAUUCGUACUAACGCACAAGAAUAUUAGUGAGAAAAUAUGGAAUUACAUGUAAAUGUUGUUUAUUAAGGUUAUGGCGCAUUUCUUAAAAUUAUUCCAGGAUGUGACAGUCUAUAAAUUAGCGUGCGUAAAGGUACGUUUUGAAUGCUAGCAGCCAACUGCAACCGACCACUGGUUGUAUGUAUUUACAUGAAACCGUUUUGGAUCGAAGCGGCAGCAGCACGUGCAGUCGCCCUCAGAUAUCGACCGAUUUCAUGCAGUCGCUGCAGGUGCGGUCGGCAGUUGCAGUCGGCAGCUGGCUUUCAAAACACAACUUUAAGGAAUGUCAAAUAAGUACAACGCUCUAUGUUUAAAUAGCGUUUUAAAACAGCGGCCACGAUGUUGUCAUCAGAAUAAUGAAUUAGACAAAUAUGACACGAGCAGAAUUGGAAUGUUUUAUUGAAUGAUUAUAUAUUAAUGAAUAAUUAUCAUAAUAAUUGAUGUGAUAUCGGUAGAUUAGUGUCUUCAUAUUAUUGUAGAUUUAUUAAUAUAAAUAUUAAAAUAUC